GUAAGGCUGUGUAGGAACAAGAGGGAGUUGUUGCCAGUGAUACAGCACAGACAGACUGAUAGACACAUGGACACAAGUCAUCUUCCUCCUGCAGCUUUCAUGCACAGCGACAGUGCCAGGGUGUUUUAAACAAGCAAGGGGUGGAAGUGCAGGCGACAGAGAAAGGGAGUUGCCUACGAGCGGGGGUCAGGCGGGCAGGCAGAAGGGAAGCCGGUGGAUGUUUUUAAGAGUUGGCUUAUCUGACACUGACAACAGGAUGAGAAGCUGAGCGAGGGGAGGGAAACAUGGAGCGAGCAGCAUUACCUACAGGCCAUCUAAAUAGGAGGCAUAGGAGAGACAGACACUGGCUCUAAGUGAAGAAAAAGAAAACGAGAGAAGGCAAAAUUAGAGGUAAAGAGUCCACUUUGUCCAUUCUGUCCAAAGGAGCGGGAGCGAGAGCCGAGGGAUCGUAACACUGGAGCUCAAGGAUAAACCAUGGACUCUGCAUACAUCCCACCACACCUGGACGUCCACCAUGUUCCCUGCUAACCUCCUGCUCCUCAUGGUCCUGCUGCUACCUCAAGCCUCGUCUGGUCGCCAGGGUGGAGACCCCAGCGAGAUCGACCAUGGCAGGGUGUCCCCAACGCCUUCCCCCUCCUCCCUCCUGGAGCCCAGUCUGGCCCAGACCAUCCAGACUCUCCUCCUGAGCCGGCUGGGCCUCCAGUCGCAGCCCGACCCUCGGCCAGGAGCGCCGGUUCCCCGAUACCUCCUGGAUCUUUACCGCUUCCACCAGCAGCAGUACCAUCUAGUGGAGGACCCUACAUUCAGCUUCCCGAGCCAGCACAUCCAGCAGGCCAACACUGUCCGUAGCUUUCACCACAGUGAGCAUCCUCGAGACAGUUCCGCCACAGACGAUCAUAAGAGGGUGCCCAUUUUCUUCAAUGUUUCCUCCAUCCCUCAGGAUGAGAGAGUGCUCUCUGCUGAGCUACGGCUCCUCCGCAGUGUCAGAGCCUCCCUGGGCCCCGGCCCCCACAGAUUGAACCUAUACCUCUCUGAGCAACACGAGGAGCCCACCCUGCUGGAGACAAGAUUGCUCACCUCUGGCCUCCACAGUCAUAAAGCAAGUGGUUUCUGGGAGGCCUUUACCCUAAGUGCGGAGCUCCUCCAUGAGGCCCUCUCUCGUAGUGGCAGCCUGGGCUUUCUCCUGGAGGUCAGACCUGAGAACAGCACCUCCUCCUUCCCUGAGCGGAAUCUCUCGUCAGCAGCCAGUGAGGAGGAGGCAGAGAAACCCAAAAAGGGCCACCUGAGGGUAUGCAGGUCUGUGGGUCAAGACGAGCAUAGCUGGGCCCAGGAGAGACCCCUCUUGGUGACUUAUAGUCAUGACGGGCGUGGAGAGCCUUUGGUCAAACAUGGCAGGAGGACGCCUAGUGGCGGCCAAAGGAUGAGAGGGAGAAAAGGGACAAAAGAGAGGGCGAGGAGCAGCAGCAAGGGCCGCAGUAGGGACCAAGCCUGGGCAAGGGCCAAAAAAACAGUUUACACAGUGCCGGGUUGGGGGGGUGAUAAGGAUGGGGUUGGUUGGAGCGAGCGAGGGAGGGUGAAAAGAAAUGGCGGGCGUGCCGCAAAACUGAAACGCCUUUCUCGUAACAGAUGCCGCCGCCAUCCUUUGUACGUAGAUUUCAACGACGUGGGCUGGCACAAGUGGAUCAUCGCACCCAGCGGCUACGACGCCUUCUUCUGCCUGGGAGAGUGCCGCUUCCCCCUGGCCGACCACAUGAACUCCUCGAGCCACGCCAUGGUGCAAACUCUGGUAAACUCCGUGAAUGGAGCAGUGCCGCGGGCCUGCUGCGUCCCCACCUCCCUCAGCCCAAUCGCCCUGCUCUACCUGGACCCUCAAGACCGGGUGGUGCUGAAGAAUUACCAGGACAUGGUGGUGGAGGGCUGCGGCUGCCGGUAGUGGGCUGCAGAGACUCAGCAGGGAGAGUAGGGACAUGGACAGACUUGUAAUCGAAGGUGAAGAUAGAAGCGCGAAAAAAGGCAGAUGGUGGAAGAAGAUGGUGCAAAAGCCUGAUAACUGUAAACAGACUGAUAGAGACAAAUGUAGCAGCAGGUAGGAGAUAAUGGAUAUAGCAGCUAAAUCCUCAUUAUCAGGUGCAAGAAGAAGGUGUCAUAGAAAGACGAGGAAGAGAAACGGACACGAUCGACCACACAGAGAUCAGACGAUUAGUCAGAGGAAGAGGAGAAAGAAAAACACAGAUAAACUGCCAGGAAUGACUCUUCUUCUUUUCCCGUUUAGCAACAAUACAGCUGUGUGCACCAUCAACCGACAAGCUAUUUCUUCUCUCACGAGGAACCAGCGCUUUAACAUCAGAAGGUGUCUAUUCUAUAUUCCAGUGUUUGACGCACAUCACUCCCACAUCAGUGUCUGACAGGCAUACGCGUGCAUACCUGCAGUGGAGGGCGGACGAGAUGACAGACAGAGGCCGUUGUGGAAAUGCAUUUGAAGCGCUGAGGCAGAGUUUAAACAACUCUGUGUCUUUCUGAUGGACUCACUGAUGACGAACUGUAAUUAGCAAUACAACAAUGGCACCUGGCAUGGCAUCUAGACUUUGUGUGACAGCGUUGUUUCUGCAGAAUUUGAACCAAGAAGUAAGGGCACAGACUGUAGCUCACAAGCACCCCUACAUCACAAGCUAUUUAAAACCACAACAAUAAUGCUGAGGAACUAUUAUGCUAUUUGUUUGAAUGUACUACUAUCACUAUUAUUUAAAAAAAGAGACUUUUUUUUUGUACAUUUCUUUUGCAGACGUGAAGAAAAUCCAAGUGACGGUUGUCUUGUGAUUCUACGUAAUUCAUGAACAUGAAUGGCAAUUCUAACUUAAAAGACACAAUAUGUAUUUAAAUAGCAGCAAUAUGGUGUAUUUAAUCUUGAAAGUAUUUAAGAUACCUGCACUCAACAAAGCCUACAGCAAACGGAGAGACCGCGGUUGACAGGAAGUAUGGAAGCUUUUCAUCCGUACAAAUGUUCAGUGUGUUGAAUUAACAGUUACUUCAACCUCACCACUUUACCAUUGCACAUAUUUUGGUGUCCAACACAUGGUAGCAGGCAUCAAAAGCUCAACUAACAAGUCAACUGAAAGCUCUGUGUAUUGUAGCUACUGAAGUGUGUAACAGCAGGUGUCUUUGUUAGUUGUGUCUGCAUGUGUCAAGAUAAAAAAAAAAACGGAAGAGUGAUAUUGAACCUGGGACUUUAGUGCCUUUCAAACAGGGGCUGUAAACGUGUUCUCUGCUGAGCUUUAGUAAAUUGUUUUUUCAGUGUCGCAUUUUUCUCUCUCAAUGGAAACAUUUAAGCAAAAGCUUGUAAAAUGUUUGACAAUAUACCUCUAAUAAACAAAGCAAACAGCACCACCUGU